AUGGAUGACCUGAACGGCUUGAGCUGGAGCAACAGCCCCAACAAUGCUAGCAAGCUCCCACCAAUAAGCUCUUUCUCGUCCAUACAUCCAUCGCCAGCCUCAGGUCGUGCCACCCCACUAUCAGCCAACAUACACACAGCCUCCAACAACCCCCCGUCGAAGCCAGCAACGCCAGCGAACGACAGCUUUGCUAAUCUGGUUUCAUUCAACAACUCGGGCUCGAGCAACAAGAAUGUGUCCUUGCUGGAGCAACAGAAGAAGCUGCAAGAGCAAAAAGCUAGGCAGGAGGCCGAGAAACGGAACCGAUUCGAGGCUCAAUAUGGCGGUCAGAAUGCUCAGUUCUGGGAUAGCCUGGGUCAGAGCAGGGGAGGGACGCCAAAAUCAACUGUAGGGGGGUCACCUGUACCAACUGCGGAGGCUGAAGAUGACGACGUUUUGGCUGCUUUUAAUGCUUCAGCGCCCGUCGACGCAUCCACCAAUUUCCCUAUUCCUACCGGCCGAAGUGCAUCUGCAAGUCCGGCCAAAUUUGCUGCGCAGGAAAGCAGUAACGAUCUGACUUUUGAUGAUGAUGAUCCAUUUGGUCUCGGACAACUACCUUCUAAAUCAACGUCAGCCCCGCGACCUCCGGCAGAUUCUAAUGACGACGAUGACUUUUUGGGGCUACUUGGAAAACCAGUAUCGGAAUUACCGCAACCUCAAAAACAAUCAACUCCAGAACCCAGCGUUUCUGCUGCAUUGCCGAAACCUAGUGACCCACGGGACAAAGCAAUUGCUGAACUUGUCGAUAUGGGAUUCCCGCCGGAAAAGGCCGCGCUCGCUCUGGAAAGCACCGAAUCUGGUCUCGAUGUGCAGGCUGCAGUAGGCUGGCUUUUGAAUCAAGCACAUUCUGAAUCGCGUCAGAAAUCUAGAGCAAAGGCUGGGCUACCAGAGGAAAGCCAACCCCGUGGCAAGAGCAGCAGCAAUCGGCGGCAGAACGGCACCCCGUCUUGGAUGAUAGAAGACAGCUCGCUACAACCAUCUGGACGUCGUGUGGAUAACAGAUCUCCUGCUUCUCGUGACCGUGACGUCGGUGAAAUGGCCACCAACUUUGGCAACCAGCUAUUCAAGACAGCGAAUACGCUAUGGAAAACGGGGAGCAAGAAAGUCCAGCAGGCUGUUCACGAAUUCAACUCGGAGGCGGAUCCUAACCGACCUCGCUGGAUGCAGGAAGCUCAGCUGGCUGAAGAGAAGGAAAGCCGUGCAUCCAAACCAUCACGAUCGGAUAAAGCCCAAGUUCGAGACGAGCAGCGACAGCGCCCUAGUAACAUGACCGACGAGGCUAUGCUUCUAGAAAUGGACUCUGGGAAACCAACCCGUCGCACUGCGCGAAAACCUGAAUCCACGGAGCCAAGGCCGCCACAACAUUCUGGAAGAUUUACAGAAGCUCCUAUGAGACAUCAUGAGCCCACGCCUUUCCCGUUACGAGAGCAGCGAGAACGUCCACAGCCACUACAACCACCUCGGCCACAGAAUUCCAAGAAAGAUCUGAAAUCCCAGCUUAGUCGGAAUGCACUAGAAGAACAGUCUGCCCAGGCAUAUGUUAGCCCUGCAAGGCGGAGAAGAACGCCACAACCACAGAAAGACGAGCAAUCCAUAGAUCUUUUAGAUAAUACAAUGUCACCCGCACCCGCACCUCCGCCUAUUUUAUCGGCCUCUUCCCCAAGCCAGGCGCCGCAGAAACCCAGGGCACAAGCGCCUCGACCGAAAGCUGUUACGCGGAACGCUCCUCAGGCCUCGCCCUCGGCUUUGAGUUCUUUUCAUAAGGACCGUGAACUUGGCAAUGAGGCUUAUAAAAGAGGAGAUUAUGCUGCCGCACACGAAGCUUUUACGAGGUCAUUAUCACACCUUCCAGGAACCCACCCCGUCACACUACUAGCACGCAGUAAUCGUGCCAUGACGGCGCUCAAAAUCGGAGACCCAAAGCUAGCCAUCAGCGACGCAGAAUCUGUCAUUACAUUUAUCGGACCGUCCAAAGGCGAAGGCGAAAGCAUCGAGCUUGGCAAUGGCCAGCCGGCCAAACCAAUGAAAGAUUUCUUCGGCAAGGCCAUCAUGCGCAAGGCCGAGGGCCUGGAACACCUUGAAAAAUGGGUCGAUGCAGCGCAGGCUUGGAGACAAGCGGUUGAGUCCGGCCACGGCGGGAGCACCAGCAUCCAGGGUCGAGACCGGUGCGAAAAAGCCGCUGGGAUCAGCAAACCCACCCCUGCAACAUCGCGAUCCGCCACUCCGCGAUCUAACCCACAGCCAUCGACAGCCCGGAAGCAGCCUGCUUUGACUUCGCGACCAGCACCACCCGCCGAAGCCGUGACACGGCUCCGCGCCGCCAACGAAGCUGCCGAGCGCGCGGACGAGGAGAAACUCGCGCUGACGGAUAGCGUCGACGCGAGAAUCGCAGCGUGGAAGGACGGGAAACAGGAUAAUCUGCGCGCUCUACUCGGCAGCCUCGACACUGUCCUCUGGGUCGAGGCGGGGUGGAAGAAGAUUAGUCUUGCGGAACUGGUGCUGCCGAAUAAAGUCAAGAUCCAGUACAUGAAGGGAAUUGCGAAGGUACAUCCUGACAAGAUCCCGACGACCGCGACGACGGAGCAGAGGAUGAUUGCUGGCGCGGUGUUUAGCUCGCUGAACGAAGCAUGGGAUAAGUUCAGGAAAGAAAAUAAUAUCUAG